AUAUAACAUAUAACAACAACAUGAAGAAGAAGAAGAAGAAAGAAGCAAACUUACUUUGAUGAUUUAAUAUUACGUUGGGUUCAAAGUCAACAGUCAUGCUGUGACUCUGUUGCGUAAGUGUUAUUGUCGGUAAUGUCAACUGCAGUGAACUUCCUCCUCAUUCAAAGCUACAUGCUGAGAGAAACAUGCAUGUGAAACAUGCUCACCUCAGAUAACAAGUGGAAUAUUUCAUUUGCUGGUUGUGGAUUUUUGGGAAUUUAUUAUUUUGGAGUGUACAGUUGUCUGUUGGAACGGGCUCAUCACUUAAUUAAAAGUACCAGUAAAAUUUGUGGUGCUUCAUCAGGAGCACUGAUCGCAGCUAUGAUAGCAUGUGAAAUGUCACCAGCAAAGUGCUGUGAAAAUCUGAUGGCAAUUGCCAAAGAGGCUCGAAAAGGCAUGCUGAGCUCCAUGCAUCCCUCCUUUAACCUGUUGAAGUUAACCAGGCAGCUUAUGGUCCGAGAGCUGCCUGAUAACGCUCACCUCCUUGCCAGUGGGAAACUGUGUGUGUCGCUAACACGUCUUUCAGAUGGGAAGAAUGUGCUGGUGUCUGAGUUCACCAGCAAGGACGAUCUCAUCCAGGCUUUAUUUUGUAGCUGUUUUUUCCCCUUGUACUGUGGAGUGGUGCCACCUAGUUAUCAUGGCACUCGCUAUGUAGAUGGCGCUUUGAGUGAUAGCGCUCCAUAUUCCACUCUGAAGAAUACCAUCACUGUCUCGCCAUUCUCUGGUGAAAGUGACAUCUGUCCAUAUGACAACCCCGUCUACUGCCAAGAAGUGAGACACUGCAAUAUGAGCAUUAACAUCAACUUGGCUAACGUGCACCGUGUUAUCCAAGCGUUUUUCCCACCAGAACCUGAGGUUAUGGCAGAGAUUUGUCACAACGGAUACAAAGAUGCGCUCAUGUUUCUGAAGCAAAAUGAUCUCUUAGAACAGGACUCAUUUAUGACUGAACUUAUAAUAAAUCACAGACAGGACAAGCGUCCCUGGUUCAAUACACACAACUACACAUGGCAAGAUGAUCACAGAGAACCCAGACGGUCUGGAUCAAUGAGUGGACAGAGCUGUGUGCUGGAUAAACAGGAGAUGAACCUGCUGCCUGUGUCCAUCCAAAAAGGUCGUUGUCCCAGAGUUGUUUACUGUCAGAAUGAGAAAUUAUCUGUAGAGUCUCUUAGCGAAAAUAUGGCUUGGGUCUGUCCCUCAGUCUUUUGUGAUGCUGGUACGAAGAAACACAGGUGGAUGAGUGAACUAUUUGCAGUGAAGUUGGUCACGUCCAUACUGAUGGUGUGUGUUUUGCCUGUAGAGAUCGUCUACUUCAUGCUUCUGAGAUUUGCUGGCUGGAUGUUGGACAUGGUGUCUGAUCUUCUGUAGCUGUGGGAAGUCACCUCACAGAUGAAAAGCAUUGGUGUUGAUGAAACUGUCCUGUAAAAGCCUAAUACCACUGAAGGUUUCAACUCUACAUCCUUAGGUCUCCCUGCCCAGGUCAUCAACAGUCCACUCUCACGUCCACAUCUGUUCCUACUCAGGCUCAUUUUGUAACUUUUUUCCCUACAUUUUUUUGGAUAAUGUGUGACAAUGCAAAUAUGCAAAAUGCAAAUGUACUAGAAAGGGAAACAACCACAAAAAAAGAAACAUUUACAAAUGUACACCCAGCUUCUUGUUACUAAAGAUUUA